GCUCAGUGCCAGCCGCCGGGCAGCAUGCACACGGGAGCGAGGACCUGCUCGCCGCACCGACGCCACGGGGACGCCUGACCAGACAUAUAGGUGGCGGGGACCGCAGGACCGAGGGAGGAGGCGCAGCCAGGGACAGUCCCCGCAGACCGGGCCUCGGCGACAGCGCCAUGGACGGCCUGGACAACGCCACCCUGCUCCUUGACCCGUCCUCUCUUCUGCCGGACAACUUCACCCUAUCGCCCAACGCCAGCAGCCCGAGCACCGGUACCCUGUCGCCUCUCACUGCCGCCUCCAGCCCCGGCCCCGGGCUCAGCCUCUCUCCGAGUUCGAGCAUGGGUUUCAGCCCCGAGCCGACCCGGACCCCAGAGCCCACGAGCAGCAGCCUCGCAGUCAGCGUGGCGGGCCAUGGCUCCUCCGCCUUCCCCCAACCCUGGGUCCCUCACGAGACUCCGUUCUGGGACACACCGCUCAACCACGGGUUGAACGUGUUCGUGGGAGCCGCCUUGUGCAUCACCAUGCUGGGUCUGGGAUGCACCGUGGACGUGAACCACUUCGGGGCACACGUCCGGCGGCCGGUGGGCGCGCUGCUGGCGGCGCUCUGCCAGUUCGGCUUCCUGCCGCUGCUGGCCUUCUUGCUGGCCCUCGCCUUCAAGCUGGAUGAGGUGGCCGCGGUGGCGGUACUCCUGUGUGGCUGCUGUCCGGGUGGAAAUCUCUCCAACCUUAUGUCCCUGCUGGUGGAUGGUGACAUGAACCUCAGCAUCAUCAUGACCAUUUCCUCCACGCUUCUGGCCCUGGUGUUGAUGCCCCUCUGCCUCUGGAUCUACAGCCGGGCUUGGAUCAAUACCCCUUUGGUGCAGCUGCUCCCGCUAGGGGCAGUCACCCUGACUCUCUGCAGCACGCUCAUUCCUAUUGGGCUGGGCGCCUUCAUUCGGUACAAAUACAAUCGGGUGGCUGACUACAUCGUGAAGGUUUCCCUGUGGUCUCUGCUAGUGACCCUGGUAAUCCUCUUCAUAAUGACUGGCACCAUGUUGGGACCCGAACUGCUGGCAAGUAUCCCGGCAGCUGUUUAUGUGGUCGCCAUUUUUAUGCCCCUGGCAGGCUAUGCCUCGGGCUACGGCUUAGCUACUCUCUUCCACCUUCCCCCCAACUGCAAGAGGACUGUCUGUCUGGAAACCGGAAGUCAGAAUGUGCAGCUCUGUACGGCCAUCCUCAAACUGGCCUUCCCGCCACGCUUCAUAGGAAGUAUGUACAUGUUCCCCCUGCUCUACGCCCUCUUCCAGUCUGCGGAGGCAGGGGUUUUGGUUUUACUAUACAAAAUGUAUGGAACUGAGAUACUGCAUAAGCGAGAUCCCCUGGAUGAAGAUGAGGACACAGAUAUUUCUUACAAGAAACUGAAAGAAGAGGAAAUGGCAGACACCUCCUACGGCACAGUGGGAGCAGAGGACUUAGCAAUGGUGGAAACUACCCAGACCUCCCUCUGAACGUGGAGAGAGGGGCACAGGAGCCUCCAUGUGGCUGAAUUAUCACUUCCUAUUUAUGCCCUGUGGUAGCUCAUAUGGGCCACAUCCAGGAUAAACGAUGGAUUCACAUUCCGUGUAACAGAUUCGAUGGUCCCACUGUAACGUUGUAUCUCAGUAUUAAUCACGUGUUUUUAUAAGUCACCAGUGUCCCAGGAUUGCUUGCACCUGGGUCAGCUAACGCGCACCUCCGCUGGUUAAGUGUGCUGUUUGGUUCUUGCCAUUUUCAGGGCUGUUGCUACAGAUAAGCACUGUAUUAGGAAAAGGGGGCCGGAAAUGUGGAUGUCUGCUGCAUAUAUGAGUAAAAGUGUAAAACAAAAACAUGUGUUUGCUCAA